GCGUGCAAGGGGAGUGACGCGUUUCCGCCGGCGGCGGGGAGGGCAGCAUGGCGGCAGCGGCGGCUGAGGCCGUGUCGGCGGAGGUGGCUGCGCCCGUGCCCGCGGCGUCGUCGUCGUUCCUGGCCUUGGAGCCGCGGCUGCAGCGCGAGGUCCAGCAGAAGGUGCAGCGGGUCCGCAACAACCGGGCGGCCAAGGAGAAGCUGACGCCGGGCGUGGUGUACGUGGGGCACCUCCCGCGGGGGCUCUGCGAGCCGCAGAUCUACCAGUAUUUCGAGCAGUUCGGGACGGUGACGCGGCUCCGGCUCUCGAGGAGUAAGAAGACGGGAGCUAGCAAAGGCUAUGGAUUUAUAGAGUUUGAGUCCGAUGAUGUGGCUAAGAUUGUUGCAGACACAAUGAACAACUACCUCUUUUCUGAAAGACUGCUAAAGUGUCAGUUCAUAUCUCCUGAAAGGGUCCAUGAAAACCUCUUCAAAAACAGUAACAAAAUAUUUCUGAAGCCUUCACAGCCGGCGGUCAGGCGGUACAAUAAGAUACGUUCACUUGUUCAGAAGGCAAAGAUGACAAAGCGACUGCUGCGAAAGGAGAAGCUUCUGCGGAAGAGGCUGGCUGAAAAGGGACUCGAUUAUGACUUCCCAGGAUUUGCUGCACAGGAGCUUUCCAUAAAGAGAAAAAAAGUUAAAACAUCCAAGAAGUCAAAACUGAACAUUUCUUUGAGCAGCCAGGACCCUACUCCAGUCUGCACUCCAACAGUACUCGAGCGCCGGAAAGCUGCUCAGGCGGAUGGUGACACAGAGGACAAUGAAAUAACUCUCAGACUGCCCCCUGCCAGUGUUAAGAAUGCUGUGCAGAGACCAAAGAAGCCAAAGAAAAAGACCAAACCUGAAGAAACAGGAAUAGACUUAACGUUUUGAUGGCUGUAGCCAUGCUUUUCCCUCAACUCAAAAACUGUUGAGGUGGAGCUUCUAGUAGAUCUGCUGCCCUGGCUCGGUUCGUCUUGACUAGACUGUUUCAGUCUUUCCUACACAAGGAAUUUAUUCACAAAUCCUCCCCCUCCUGUUCAGCUGUCAGGGGGCCUACAGUCUUCUCUGCCUUUGAAGAUUUUCUUGACUUUGUGCUCACAAGUGCCCGUGCUGUGACAUGCCUACAGCCGUGCCAAAACCUUCAGUUAAUUCUGUAACUUGUCUCUAGUGCUCACUGUUUCAAAAGAAAACGUGAGGCUGUCCAUUCAGAACUUACUGAUGCGGGCUGUAUCUUACAUUUUAUAAUUAAUGGUGGGUUAUAAAAAAAAAAUUUAAUCAUUUUUCAAUUGUCUUGGCUCUUGGUAGUGGUUCUUCCGUUUAACUGAAUGUCUGUGUGCGUGAGUUCUCACAUAUUUACACAAGUAGAGGGUGAGGGAUCUUUUCCCCAAGGAAGACAUGCCUUGAAUUACAUCUGCUGUUUGUGAUCAAUCAACAUCUACUGCGCUGGCCAGGGCAGAGGCAGAAUACCACGCUGCCUGAGCAAGGCAGUGCAUUUCAACACUACUUUCAGCAGUGCCUGGGGAACUUGGCUUUGCCAGGAUGUGGAGUGGUUGCAGAGGAGUUGGAAAGCCCUGGUGAGGUUGGAAAGCCAAGGUGGUGAGGAGAGACACAGGGAGACGGCUGAAGUCACUUGCAUUCAAGAUUCCCAUUCCUUUCCCCAUGCAGGCAAAAGAUUUGUGUUUGAGAGUGUAUCCUGCUGUGGAGGAGGUAGGGUGACUGUUCUGUCGGCUUGACCGGAGUCACAGCUGUGCUUUCAUUCCUCACAGACUUGUGUAAAAGGUGUUUCAUGCUGCAGAGGUCCCAGGUGUGCAUGUACUGAGGUACUGCUUUACCUCUGGGCUGACCAGGCAAAGGUAACUUGCUAAUUAAUUCUCUGGGGUUUUGUGUGCCAUAAAUGUGCUGUUGCCUGGUUCGGAAGACAUUCAAGGACCUGCAAAGUGUGGUUGGCUUUCGAGUGACUUCUUGCUGAACUGUGGAGAGGAGCAAAUGGUGACAGCUAGCUUGUGUACAGCUGUUCUCAGACUGAGCAAGGCUCUGAGAAGAUUCAUCAGUAAUCGGAGCAGUCUGGAUUGUAUUAGUUCUGUUGUUCUUUGGGCUCUGCAGCAUCUUGUCCCUCUAUUUUUGUUUCACUGCCUGUGUGAAACAAGGGUAUCUUCUGCUUCAGGGGGUGAUAAGCACAUCACAAUAUUGUAAUAAGCACCUGGGUGGGUGAAUGAGGAAUGGGAAGGCUGGGUUUUGUCACCAGUAGUAUGAGUUCAGAGAAUUGAGUGUAGCUUUUUGUCGUGCAUCAAGAUUUAUUCUUGUUCCAAUGUAACCUGUCGUAGCUGGACUGCAGUUAUCCAGUCCUGUUUGAAAUGCAGUUUGUGCAAUUUGAAUGUGGAUUUUUAUUGCAAAUCUGAGACCUGCAGAAAUUCCAGUUUGGGUUUUGUGGCACAUACUUAGCCUUGAUCUUUAAUCGUCUGAGAUGAAACACUCUCUACUACUGCACUGUUGGCUGUAGGUCAGACUUGGCAGAAGAUUUCAGAGGAAAGCCCAGGUGAUAAUAACUGGCUGCUCAGGUAGGUGGCUGGCGCUAAUUCCUUAGCUAUUUUAAGACUCAAACUCCUGGCAGAGGAGAAGAAAUCUGAACCAUUGCCCUGUCUAAUUCUGUCCUAUCUGGCCUGAUGACUUGAAUAAUCAUGUGAUCGUAAUGACAUUCUCUUGGUGACUCAAAUUAGAUCGUUCUCCCUUGCAGCUCUGAACUGUCAGGGAAGCCACUUGGAUGAGCGCAUCUUUGUAUCAAACGCUGGUCAUCUUAGGCAUGUUAGGGAAAUCUGUUGACCAGCCUGAUGGUCACUGACAAUCCUUGUCUUUUAGUAGCAGUGUUGCUGCGUACAUCUGCAGGCUUUCUUCUCUGUGCAUUGUUUGAUGUGAAAUAGGCAGUGUUUACACCUCAGACCUGUGGAAAAUACACCCUUAGCUAAGGUUUGAGGUAAACGUGAUCAGAGUGGUUGGCAGAAAUUGCUUAUCUGUUAGUAACUGCCAUGCAGCUCUGAAAAAACUUUUCUACCUCGACUUCAUGCAACAGAGACCAGCAGAAGAGAAGCAAAGUGUAUGUGCCCAGAAUGGACAGUUUUCUUUUAAAAUCCAUAUUCAUAACUCUGUUGUGCAAAUAAAGAUGGCUGUUGGAUCAU